AAGCUACGGUGGAGUUCGACGGAAAAUCAUGUGCACGCAUUUGGGUAAGCCAACUCAAAAGCGUGGCAGCCAUGUGUAAACUUGAUGAAGAGUCGCUUCGCAUGCUAUUGGCCAUGAAGUUAAAAGGCAACGCUCAGCACUGGCUGCAUGCAAAUUCAACUCGCUUGCGUGAGCCUUUUCAAACGCUUUGCGAUCAAUUGAUAUUAGCAUUCGGCACUGGAGCUUCGAAGGCAGAACUACGACGAAAGUUUGAACAACGGAAGUGGCAACAAAAUGAGCGUUUUGCAAUGUACUUCGAGGAGAAGAUCGUUUUAGCACAAUCAAUUAAAUUGGCCAACGAUGAGCUUUUGGAACAAAUCAUCGAAGGUAUACCAUCGCUGAACUUACGCAACCAGGCGCGCAUUCAAAGAUUUGGGGAUCCAGAGCAGAUGUUACAAGCCUUUGCACACAUACGCCUUCCGAAGUACGGUGCAAUGGGAGGUACUAAGACGACGGCGGAGAGCAACGAUAAGCGAUGCCACAACUGCAAUUCCAAAUGUCAUUUUGCCAAGGAAUGCCGCAAGCCAAAAAGGGAGCCUGGAUCAUGUUAUGCUUGCGGAGAGAUGGGCCAUGUCAUAGCAGAAUGCAAGAAGAAGAAGAGUGUUGGUGUACUCAACAAAAGCACCGGGUUCGACAACAGUAAUAAUGCCUCAUAGACUCAGGAAGCCCUAUUUCAUUUCUGAAGAAAUCAUCAUUUUCUUUAAAUAUACCACUAGAUAAACAAGUCAAUAGUCUCUAUGUUGGAAUUAACAAAAGUGAAUUGAAUACGUUUGGAAAAGUAUCUUGUUUUGUAUUGAAGAGAAAAAUAAAAUUUAAUUUUGAAUUACUAA